ACUCAUCUCGUGAGCGCGCACAGCAGUGGAAAGUUUCAUCGUCAUUGACGGCGUCGCGCAUCCCAGGGAAACGUUCACACCCAGGACAACGGUCUGAAAUCAACACAAAGACAUGGGUCGCCUAACAGUACUGUUUCUCUGCCUGGCUCUUGUGGUGUCCGUUUUGGCCAAACGAAGUGGGGGCGGUAAAGGCGGAUUUAGCUUGGGUAAAAUUGGCUCAAACAAAGGUGGAAGCAGCACAGGAAGCAAAGGUGGCGGCAGCAGUAAAGGCACCUCACAUGGGACACACUCGGCCCCUGGAAACUAUCCUCGCCAACCUCAAGUACCAAACCAGAAUCCACCCCCCUAUCCUGGUACUGGAGGCGGGUACCCUAGCCAGGGCAGAUAUCCACCAGCUGGCUCUAAUCCAGGUCAAGGAUACCCUGCCCAAGGUGGCUACCCAGCUCAAGGUAGAAACCCAGCCUACCCACCACAAGGUGGUUAUCCAGCUCAAGGUGGCUACCCAAACCAAGGUAGAAACCCAGCCUACCCACCACAAGGUGGUUAUCCAGCUCAAGGUGGUUAUCCAGCUCAAGGUGGCUACCCAAACCAAGGUAGAAACCCAGCCCAAGGUGGCUACCCACCACAAGGUGGUUAUCCAGCUCAAGGUGGUUACCCAGGGGGAGCAGGCUACAACAGGUAUCCUGGACAAGCCGGAGGAAACCCCUAUCCAGCUGGAGGCUCUUAUCCAGGUUAUCCAGUCCGAGGAGGUUCCAGCCCUAACCAGUUUGGUGGAGGUGUUGCAGGUGCAGGCGCAGGUGGAUAUCCAGGAGCGGCACAGUAUCCUUACUGGAACCCCAACAACAAAAUCAUGAGCCCAGGCUAUGGGGGCAAUUACGGUGGCUAUGGGCAAGGGGGCAGAUCACCUUUUGCCCAGUCAGUACAUGGCAUGGGAAUGGCCCCUAAUAGCAAUUCAAGGGGAUUUGGCAAGCAGGCGGUUAUGGCUGCUGGGGUAGGGGCGGUGGCCGGUAUGGCUCUGGGAUAUGGCCUCGGAAGUUUCCCUCGUCCCCGCUUCAAUUUCCACAAUCCACAGGAGGAGUACUACUACAAUAACUACAUGUACAAGCGUUAUGGCCAAACUCCCCCCCAAAGUAACGUGAAUGGAAACCCUAACUCCCCAGGCGGCAUGCCAGGCGAGGCAGGAUCUACCUCUACGGGACAAGGAAAUGGUAACCCUUAUGACAUCUUCCAGAAUCCUCCACCCGAGUCCUAUGAUAAGUACAUGGACAAAUGUAUGAAGAGGACUGACUUGCUUCGGGAGAAAUCGGAAGAAAGACCAAAGAGAUCCAUUGACCUCUUCGAGACUCAACCAGCAGAAGUAGGAGAUGAUCCAAACGGCGCGCAAGAAAAUGCCACGAGCAACAACAGCACUGCCGAAAGAGCCAGUACAGAUGCCCCUUCAUUUAUAGCCGAAAGAUCCAGUCAACCUCAAAAGCAGAUCCAGGAAGGCCAAACAGAAGCCAGAGAUGAUGACGACACUGUUAGCAUUAUGGAGAUUGGCUAUCCUGUGCUAAUCGAGCAAAUGAAAGCACGACGAUGUGUCGAGCUGUACAUGGUCUAUGCGGAACAGCAUGCAGAAAAACAGGUGCAGGGUCGCAGUGCCGCGGAUCCUAAAGCCAACGCCAAUAGUGGUGCUUUACCUGGACCCCUUGGCCAUGGAGUCAUGCUACUCUUUACUAGCAUUCUGUCUCUUAUCUUCAGUUGCCUGUUACACUGACAUUCUAGAAAACGAUAUUAAACCCAUAAAGCCAUUGAGUCAGACUGAGAAAUGGACCGUGCACCUAUUACAUAUAAUUUGAGGAAUUUGUCUUGGGUGUUGUAGAGACUUAAGACAAGGUAAUCGCAAAGGACUACUUGAAGAUUCGACAGAAAGUACUUUUACGUGCUCACAUUGACUCCACUAAAUUGCAACGUGAGCCACCUAACAAUUUGACACGAGCCUACGUUUUAUAGUAGUUUUCAAAAGGUUAAAACCAUGUCAGAUUUUCUAGACCAUUAACCUUCCAUCACUGCCUCCUUCUUGCAUGUGGUUUGAUGAACACUAACUUUUCUUCCAAGACAGCAUAUACUGCAUGAACACUUUAUUAUCUCCAGUUUAAACGUUGCGCACGGCAUUGGCAUUUGAGUCAUUGUUCAGCUAUUUCAACAAACCAUGAUUAUUUUUAAGAAAAAUGGUGGCUUCCAGUUCUGUCCUCAUGAUGGCACUUCAAGUUUUAAUUUGUUGUAUUUUUGUUUAGACUGUUCACUUACGGAUUCACAUUCUACUGACAUACUUAUUUAUUUUAAAUUAAUAUUAUGAACAUUUAAAUGUCUUUUUAAAGUCCUCCACUGUUGGUUUUGUUAUUUUCACUUCUAGUAAAAAUACUAUGUUUUUAUAUUGCCGUAUCAAGCUGUCUAACACUUUGUGUGAAUGGCUCCUUAGUGAAUGUUAAUGUAAUCAUAAAUGUAUGGUUUCAACUAGAUAUGUAUGAUGAUAAUACUCCUGCGUCUCAGUUUAAUUCAUAUCAGAUGUACUAUGACAGAAGCACUCAUGCAGCUCAUCCACUGCUCUGAGAUAAAACAGUAUUUUAUAUAAAGUCGGAUCUUUAUCUGUAGCUUGGUGCUGUGAUUUCUCUGAACAAUACUGCUGGACUUUCAAUUAGACUAUCAACCCAGCUUGACACUUGCUAAAUCAUAUAUAUAUAUAUGGACCAGGGGUUCUUAACCAUGAACCCCCCACGCACACACAUUUUGAAUCUCUCCUUUGUCUAACACCUAUUUCAGAUCUUGAAGUCCAAUCAAAUGAGCUGAUGACCUGAAUUGGGUUUGUUCGAUCAAGGAGACAAUGCAAAAUGUGCAGUGUUUGGGUGGCUGGGUACCCCUAGACUCUAGAGGGACUGUGGCAACCACUGGAUAAUCAGAGGAAGGCAAUGCUUAAUGCCUUAUUGUUACUCAGCUGCAUAUGUAAUGUUAUGCUUUUGAGAUGUUGUGAAUGUUGAAAGUACAUAUAAUGUUGCCGUUACUGGAAUUAAAAUGAUUAAAUGCACCUUA